AUCCUCCCUUUCAUGAAAAACAAGGUUUAAAAUCAUCAAAUACUAUUUGUAAUCCAAAUCAAAGAAAAUAUACAACAUUUCUUUUAGUCCUAGCCAAUUAGUUGUGUAAUGAAUUUCAACAUGGUGUUAAAACUGUUAAUAUGAAUGAGCCUAACAAGUAUAUAUAGCCGAAGACAAAUUCAAUCAUUAGUUCUAGCUCAUUAGUUGUGUAAUGAAUUUCAUCAUGGUGGUAAUAUGAAUGAGCCUAAUAAGUAUCACCGAAUCCAUAGCAAGCAAGGUACCAAUGGCGGGAGUCGAAGCCAGAAUUACGGAUCAGGUGAUCGCAUAGCCAGUUCUUCACCGUCUCCAGGAUUAUGAUCCGCGGUCCAUUUCGGUCUGCGAAGUCUUCUGCAAGACUUACAACUCUUAACACAUCCGACGGAUGAACUUGUAAGAAGACAGGAAAUGCUGUCAAAUUUCUGUCCUCUGCACACUUUAUUAUCUUGGCCAGUUCGUCCACCCACAAGUCCAAAGAUGUGUAGUUCUCUGAUAUCAGGGAGAUCGCCACUAGACACUGCUCGAUAGCCUGAUUGUACAUGGGAUAACUUUCUGCGGAUGUAGCUGCUCUGAUGCCUUUUCUGUCCAACGAACAGAGAAGGUGGCUGAGAAACGUUUUGCGAAUGUACUCCCCACUGAAACUCAGAAAGACGUCGUACCUCAUGAUCACGAAGCUUUUUCCUUUUUCGCAAAGAGGGUGAAUAACAAUUUUGUCAAAAUUUGUUGCACUCCAUGUCUCUGACUUGUUCUUCGGCGUGUAUGCCCUCUCAAUAAGAUAGAUGACAUGAUCUGCACUUCUACCAUGUACGAAUACUAUUACAGCCAGCGAAGUCAAGUCAACCUUUCUUUGAUAUUCUGUUUUCACCAAUAAUGAUUUGCCAAAUAUUCUUUCCUUCGGAUGUAUAUCUUUUUCGUAACAGAGAAUGUGUCCAUCUAUAAGAAGAAACUUGAAGUAUUCAAAUUUAUUUCCAGCUUGUAUGAUGAUGUUAUAACACGUUGACUUUGAUAAAAUCGUCAUAAGAAUUGUUCAAGCUUUACUAUUGAUUGGAAGAUUCAAAACCAACGGCAUACGUAGCUCUCUGUCAACAUCACUUUUUAUGGAUUCAUCCUCUUCACCUCGAGUCGUGAAGCAGUACCAAGUGUUCCUCAGCUUCCGAGGAGAAGACACUCGCAGGACCAUUGUCAGCUUCUUGCACAAAGCACUUGUUGAACGGGGAAUUGAUACCUUCAAAGAUGAUAAAAAGCUUGAGAUUGGCGGCUCCAUUUCAGACGAAAUCAAAGAAGCUAUACAGAAUUCAAAGAUCGCGGUUGUGGUUAUCUCGGAGAACUAUGCUUCUUCAACUUGGUGUCUGAACGAGCUCCAAAUGAUAGUGGAUCUUCACAAGAAACAACAGCUCACUGCAGUCCCAAUCUUUUACGAUGUUGCUCCCUCUGACGUUGGGCAUCAGAGAGGAACCUUCGCCUUAGAAAGGUACAAAUGCUCAAAAAUCAUGCUGUUGUUUUCCAGCGAGAAGAGAAAAUUCGCGGAGAAGAUUCAGAAAUGGAGAGAAGCACUAACCGAAAUUGCAGGAAUAUCAGGCACGGAUCCCAAAACUUGUGAGGAUGAGGCUGCUAUGAUUGAAGAUAUUGUUGGACGUGUUUCAAGACAACUUUUUUCAAUGGAGACAGUAAAAUUCUGUGACACUGUUGGAAUGAACUCCCAUAUGGAAGAACUCAAUUCUGUGAUGGAUACAGAGGGUCUGAUAGGUAUCUGGGGUAUGGGAGGCAUAGGAAAAACCACCAUUGCCAAAUGUCUCUAUAAGGAACAUUCGCAUCGCUUUGCAUAUCAUUGUUUCAUAGAGAACAUUAAGAGUUCCGCAGAGAAGGGCCUCAUACAUUUACAAGAAAAGCUUCUUUCGAAUAUCCUGGGCAAAGGACAUGAGAAGCUUUGGAGUGUAGAGCAGGGAUGCCUCUAUAUUAAAUCGAGGCUUGGAAACCGUAAAGUUCUCCUUAUCCUUGAUGACGUCGACAAUUUAGACCAGCUGCAUGUCCUGGCAAAAGAGACUAGUUGGUUUGGACCAGGGAGCCGAAUCAUCAUAACCACAAGAGACAAGGGAUUGUUAUUCUCCAGUGGAGUCAGAUGUGUAUACUGCGUUGACAUUUUGGGCAAAAAUGACGCAAUCCAAGUCUUUAAACAGGCUGCUUUUGAAGGAGGAGAAGCUCCUUCUGAUGAUUAUGAACAACUGUCAAUCCGUGCUUCUAGCCUUGCACAAGGUCUUCCUUCCGCCCUUAAAGCUUUUGGCACAUAUCUCCGUCGAAUGACCUCUAUAGAGGACUGGGAAAAGGCAUUAGAAAGACUCAAAAAAGUUCCUCACCAGAGAGUCAUGGAGAUUCUGAGAACCAGCUAUAUGGGGUUAGAUGGAAGACAUCAGGCUGUUUUCCUUCAUGUCGCAUGCCUCUUCAAUGGAGACUCAGUCCGCCGUGUAACUUCACUUCUAGAUGAUGGUGAAUUAGAGAUAAAAGCUUUAACAGAGAAGUUCCUAAUCGACAUAUCAGCCGAUGGGUGUAUCAAGAUGCAUGUCUUGAUAGAACAAGCGGGAAAAGAAUUUGUGCGCGAAGAAUCAGACUACAUGCCUUGGAGGCAAAAAGUUCUAUGGGAAGAGGAGCAAAUUAUUUAUGUGCUGCAAAACAACACGCCACGAUUCUCUCAUCAGGGUACAACAACAAUCCAAAGUUUGGCCCUACACAUAUGUGAGAUGCCUCACGUCUUGUAUAUUAAGGGAACGAUUUUUAACACCAUCAAUCUAAAAUUCCUCAAGGUCUUCCAGCAUUUGAAUGAUAUAGAAUCCAAGUUGCAAUUUCUUCCAGGUACAGAUGGCCUGCCCCAACAACUCAGGUUACUACAUUGGGAUGCCUAUCCCUUAACAACUUUGCCUCUCACGUACUACCACAAUCUAAAUUAUCUUGUCGAAAUAAAUCUCCGUUACAGCAAUCUUGAGCGCCUCUGGUAUGGAAACCCGGUAAGACAUUACAAUGCAUUGGAGUUGUUUUGAUAUAGUAUUUCUAAAGAAGUCAAAUCCACUAAAGAGGUUAUUAAACGAAACAACUUGAGAAGAUUUUCUUUAUCUUUGCCUUGGUUAUAUCCAGGUCCUCCCUAUGUUGAAGAGACUAGACAUGACAUGUUCUCGUAACCUGAGAGAACUUCCAGGUUUGUCAGGGGCCAAAAAGCUCGAAGAGUUGCUAAUGGAAGGCACAACGAGAGUGAAGC